AUGGCCGACCCGACGCAAAACCAACAAACCGACACCGCGGACCCCGUCAUCGCGCCAGUCGCUAAGGAAGACGCCGAGACCACGGCCGCCCGCCGCGAACUCAAGCACACAUCCAUCUCCGAGCAAAGCGCCGCCGCAGCCCAAGAUAGCGGAUCAGACAAUGGCACCCCUACAGCCGGCUCAAGGAAGGCCACCCCAGAGCCUGCAAUUGGUGACGAUAAGGACACCGAAAUGAAGGAGCAGGUUUCGUCUCCCAAGAAGAAGCGAGCACACGACGAGCUUGAAGAGAGCAAGGACGCCAUCGACGCUCAAUCCGGGGACCAGCCUUCCACAGAGGAGGCCAAGCCCACCGCGACCCAAAGUAGGACAGACAGGUCCGAGCCGGAGAAGAAGCGCGCCCGUGACGAGGCAUCCGCGUCGGACGAUGGAGUAAAGGUGGGACAGUUCGCCGACACAUGCUAUUUGGGGCUCUCGACUAACCCUGUGACAACCACGACCGAGAUUCCUUCGAAGCCCGCCGAGUCAGCGGCAGAGAUUAAGCCCACGAGCGAAGAAAAGCCCCAGACAUCAUCCUCCGCCUUUGCCCAGUCCGGUUUCGCCAAGCUUGCCAGCUCUACAACCUCUCCCUUUGGCGCCCUAGGCGCCUCGGCAGCCCCCAGCCUUUUCGGCUCUACAAGCUCCGGAUCUGCCUCUCCCUUUGGCACUCUCGGCGCUUCCACCACAGCAGCGGCUCCCACGCCGCCCAAACUUAGCUUCGGCAGCUCCGCUGCGGCACCUUCGCCAUUUGCUGGCUUUAACAGCGCCAGCUCCGCCUCUGUGUUUGGUGGCGGGUUCUCUAGCGGCUUCGGAGGCAGCGCGCUUGGUGGAGCCAAGCUUACAAGUUUCGGUGGAAAGCCGGGUGAGACUUUGAUGAGCAGCAAGCCUGCCAAACCUUUUGGUGCGCCAGAGAGCGACGCGGAGGAGAGUGACGAGGAGGGCGGUAACGAGAAAGAGGACGCGGGGACAAAUGAGGACAAGGAGGGUGAGAAUGAUGAGGCUAGGACUGCGGCGGAGGAAGAGAAAAAGUUGAAGCUGCGCAAGGUCGUUGUCGAUGACGGCGAGGGUGAGGACGCCACGCUACUAGCGGUGCGCGCCAAGAUCUUCGUUAUGGAGAAGGGUGUCGGCUGGAAGGAGAGGGGAGCUGGCAUGCUCAAGGUCAAUGUGCCCAAAGCGAGCGUCAAGCGAGAUCACAACGGCAACUGGGACGCAACUUCCUUUGACGCCUCGGCACUGGUGGAGGACAGCGGUGACGGAGAGGCUGGCAGCGGUGGCGGCCGAAAGAGUGUCCGUCUCGUCAUGCGCCAAGACCACACCCUCCGUGUCAUUCUCAACACGGCCAUCGUACCGGCCAUGACGUUCGCCGUGACUAAGAAGCUCAAGGCGGCAUAUGUCCUGUUUACGGCGUUUGAGGGCACGGAGCCGAGACAGGUGCAGGUCAAGUUGAGCGAGGCCAACGCUACUGCCUUCAAAGACCUUAUGGAUCUUAUACAGAAAGAGCUUUCCGAUGAGUAA